UAUUCCUCUGAUGUUUCUUUAACUCUCAUAUAACAAGAUGGAGCUGUACAUAAUCAUUCUCACACUUUCCAUUGUUCUCUCAACUGAUGCACACUUAUGCUUGUUUAACUGUUGCACUUGCAUCUAUUGCUGCAUUUCAUCUACUAUGCCACCUCACAAUCACCAAAACAGAACUGAACAAUGUACAGAACUUGGGCUCAUCCAUAAACUGCCACCUGAAAACUGUCACCACCCCCAUGAAUUACAUGGUCCUUGUUCAUGGAUGACAAGCUCUUCUAUCCAACAUGAAGCUUACCAGCUUUCAGUAUGCUCUAAUUCAGAAGAAGAGUUUUUUAUUGGAUAUGAUGAAGAUGAGACAUGGCAUGCCAACUUUAAUCUCAAGACAGGAAUACUGACAAUACCGAUUUUUUCUGGACCUAUGGCAUUUGCUGAAUUUUAUGAACGUGGUCUUUCAGAGGUGGCAUUUUGCAAAAGCAACUUACACAUGUUCAUUGCAGAUUUGGAGAACCCACCACCAGAAAUAGAAGCUCCAUUGACAUCCAUCUAUCCAAAGGAUGAUGUACAGCUGGGUGUUGAGAAUACCCUUAUCUGUUAUGCGACUGGCUUCUAUCCUCCAUCUGUCAGAGUCUCUUGGAAUAAGAAUAAUAUCAAUGUGACAGAGGGCAUGAGAUUAAGCCAGUACCGUCCAAAGAAAGAUGGAACUUUUAACAUCUUUUCUACUCUUAAAUUUAUGCCUGCUGAGGGAGAUGUUUACAGCUGCACAGUGAAACUUGCAGACCUCAAUGUCCAAACCCAGACCAAAAUAUGGGAUGUUGAUGUUGAGGUUGCCUUCCCAAGUGUUGGUCCAGUCGUGUUCUGUGGAGUGGCUGUUACUGUGGGAGUGGUGGGAAUUGUUGCUGGAAUUGUCUGUUUUAUUAAAGGAAAAAACUACACCUGACUGUUGAGCUUUUAAAAUACCAAUUAAUUGUAUUGGAAUUGGGCUUUGAAAACAAUGCAAUAGUUCACUUGUGUGCCAUUAAUUAAUUAAUCAGUUAUAAUAAUCAUCACAACCUUCAUUUCAAAAUUAUCCAACUUGGUGGUACAGAACCAGGGCCCUCAUUUAUCAAUAGUGCGUGAGCGUAAGAACAGUUUCACGGAAAUUGUUUCUCAACCCUGGUCCUGGGCCCCCCCCACCAGUGCACAUAAUUUACUCAACUGUUCUUCUCCCAAGUUACGUCUUCCUAAAUUUUGGAGAGUACUGCAAUGCAACGUAAAUCUUUAGAUGUUUCAAAACCAGCAGGCCCUGAUGGGCCCUAAAUUGAAACCUUAUUUUUUAAAGCUAGCAGUUGAUUUCAUUGCCCCUCCUCCAACUUGUAUGUUUUACCUUUCUCUUGUUUUAAAUGAAAUUCCACUUAUAUGGAAUUCAGCUUUUGGUCCCUCCGUUUAAAUGUUGAUAUCCUACACAGCUAAAAAAUUACCUGCUUUUUUCGAAUUGCCUGAAAACCACCUCAUGCGAGCAUAAACAUUUUUGUGAUAUUUGAGGUUUCUGCGAAAUUGUCACAUAUUUUGAAUUCACAAUUUUAAUUUGCGCAGUUUGAUUUGCGCAAUAACGUGGCUAUUGUCUCAUCUUUGUGUGUCUCUGUGUUGUGAGCUGAUCAGCAUUAACUAUGGAUCAUUAGCAGGGCUAUAUAAGAUCUGUUAAUACUACGUUUUGUUAUUGCACUCUUGAGUUCUCAGCGGAUCCUGCGAUCCUGUUACUUGCUUGUCCGAGCUAGAUUUUCUGCUGCUUGGAUUAUUGGCUGCCCAUAGCUGGCUACCUGUGCUGCAGAUCGGUGCACAAGCUCUGUUUCCGUCACCCUUCGGAUUUUAAUUGGCUCUUUCACAGUUACUUACAACUUACUUUUAAUGUUGUUCAGUGUAACCUAUUCAAUCUAAUAUCUUGUUUUAAAUGCUGAUAAAAUAAAAUCUAUUAAAAAUCAA